ACACAGUUUCAGUUUUGGUCGCAACCUCCAGUGCCUUGCUGACACUGAAGGCCGGGGUUGCGACUUCACUGCAAGCUGUGUCCUGAAAACAAAUUCAACAGAAGAGACAGAAGUACCAAAAAGACUCUUUGCAGAUUGGUCUGAAGAGCACAGUGUCCUGGGAGCUCCCAGCCAUGAUGCUCUUCGUCCUCUCUUGCCUGCUGGCUGUCUUCCCAGCGGUCUCCCUGAAGAGUCCCAUAUUUGGGCCCGAGGACAUAAGCAGGGAGGAAGGCAGUUCAGCUUCCAUCAAGUGCUUCUAUCCAGCUACCUCUGUGAACAAACAUAGCAGGAAGUACUGGUGCCGGCAGGGACCUACCGGCCCAUGUGUAACCCUCCUCUCCUCACCGACCUACGUAUCUAAGGACUAUCAAGGCAGAGCCAAACUCACUGACUUCCCAGAGAGCAACGUCUUUGUGGUGGACAUUUCCAAUCUUUCUAAGGAUGAUUCUGGAAGCUACAAGUGCGGUGUGGGCACUAAUAACCGAGGCCUGUCCUUUGAUGUAAACCUGCAGGUCAGCCAAGCUCUUCCAGAUGACACUGAUGUCUACAAAGCAGACCUGGAUGAAACGGUGACAGCUGUCUGCCCUUUCACGAGAAGCAAUUCUUUUAAAAAGAAGUCGGUGUGCAAAAAAACAGACCAGGAAUGCAUCCCAGUCAUUGACAGUGAAAAUUAUAAAAACCCUGAUUUUGGCAAUAGAAUAAGUCUUAGUUAUCCUGGUGGUACCAGUGCAAAGCACUUCAACUUUGUCAUCAACCAGCUUCAGCCCACAGAUACUGGAAUAUAUGUCUGCAAGACUGGGGACUCUUCUAAUGUUGAUAUUAAAGAUUUCUACUUACAAGUGCCCAAACCUAAACCUGAACCUGAACUGGCUUACGGAGAUCUGAGGGGCUCAGUGACCAUUAAUUGUGAUUUGGACCCCACAGUGGCAAAUGAGGCCAAAUUUCUAUGCCGGAAGAACAAUGAGAAAGCCUGUGAUGUGGUCGUUAACACCAUGGGGGUGCAGGAUCAGGCCUUUGAGGGGAGGAUCCUGCUCACUCCAAAAGACAAAGGCUCUUUCAGUGUGAUGAUCAAUGGCCUGAAGAAGGAGGAUGCAGGACACUACCUGUGUGGAGCCAGCUCUAAUGGCGAGCCUCAGGAAGGAAAACCUACCCAGGCCUGGCAACUCUUCGUUAAUGAAGAGACUACAGUGCGCCUUGGUUCCCCUGUGAUAAAAGGUGUGGAAGGAGGCUCUGUAGCUUUGCGAUGCCCUUACAAUCCUAAGGAAAGAGAUAGUGUGAAGUACUUGUGUCGCUGGGAAGAUGGUAACAAUUGCCCAGUGUUGGUGCGGAGUAACGGGUUGCCCCAGGAACAAAUCAAGGCUUAUGGUGGAAGGAUUGCUCUGAAUGAAGAACCAGGAAGUGGUUUCUACACAGUCAUACUCAACAAACUGACCACUAAAGAUGCUGGAUUCUACUGGUGUCGGAUCAAUGGUGAUAAGCGUUUGACGUCAGUGGUGGAACUCAAGGUUGUAGAAGCGCCCCAAGAUAUUAGUCAAAUGAAUGCUCUUCCUGAAGAGAAGGUGAUAGAGUCAGAUGUCAGGGAGACUGAGAACAAAGCCAUCCAGGAUGCCAGCCUUGUUGUGGAAGACAGAGCAAUGGAAGGAAUGAAAAAUCCAGUUGAUGCUAGCAGUUCAUCCACAGAUACUGGAAGCUCUGCGGGACAAGGCGGAAGCACCACUGUGCUGGUCUCCACCCUGGUGCCCCUGGCCCUGGUGUUGGCGUUGGGGGGCGUGGCACUGGGAGUGGCCAGAGCCAGGCAUAGAAGAAACGUUGACCGGAUUUCAAUUAAAAGCUAUAAGACAGACAUUAGCAUGUCAGACUUUGAUAACCCCAGAGAAUUUGGAGCCAAUGACAACCCAGGAGCUUCUCCAUUCAGUCAAGAGACACCUGUUGAUGGAAACAAUGAGUUCGUCAUCACCACAGAGGCCGCCAUGGAGACCAAGGAAACCAAGGAGUCAAAAAGGUCAUCCAAGGAGGAGGCUGAGAUGGCCUACACCAACUUCGUUCUGCAGUCAAACAACAUUGCUGCCAAUGUCCAAGAUAGACCCAGUGAAGUCUAGAUGGAGAGCCAGCUGCCCUCUUCCUUCACCCAUCACAAUCUUAUUCAGAAUCACAUUGAUCCUUACAGUCCUCAGCCCUAGGGGACUGCACUGUCUCAUUCACAUCCCUUUUAGACUUUUCCUAUGUAGCCCAGUCUUCUAAGUUCCCUCCUUAGUGAAAUCCAAACCUUUCCUGGGCUACUUGUUCCUGUUGGGAUGCUACUUCUUCCUGUUCUCACAUCAUCUAACAAUGAUAGAUGUCAUAACUGAGAUCCUGAGAUCCUGAAAAGUAAAUAAACUGUUCAACAGUACUAAAUAUACUGCUGUCAAAACUGGA